AGUCCCGGAACCCCGCUACGCAAACGUUGCUCUUGCCCGUCCGCAGCGCGGCUGUCGGUGCACCCGCUGCGCUCCACCCUCCUGUACGUGCUGGCGGUGCAGACGCUCAUCACCUGGUCCGCGCACCAGGUGUACGCGUCGUUCAGCGGCCUGCUCCACUCGGAGCCGGAGAACGCCCGCGGCGUGGACGAGCGCCUGCUCGCGACCAUGUCCAUCGUGCACGUGUUGUCGCACGUCGUCGUCCUCGUCAUCUGGUUCGAGGUGCCGCGCGCCGUUAAGUGCCGCGUCCACCUGGUCGACUUCGCGGAAAACUAUAUCGAAAUGGUGGGCGAGCAGCCCUACAGCAAGGGGACGCGCUUCGUGCGGUGGUACACGCUUGCCUUCUGCUUCGUCCUCGCGCCCUUCUUGGUGGUCAUCUGGUGUAACUACAUCCUGAGGAAACCGUUCCUCACGCACGGGCCCUCGCACCUCCUCCAGCUCGUCAACGUGAUCUCUUCGGUGGUGGUGUUCGACAUUGCCUGCAUGAUAGUCCGCGACCUGGCGUCCAACGUCGCCGCCAAGCUCAAGGAGGAAUUGGACUCCGACCGGAUGACGGCUUCCCGCCUCGAGGAGUUUCGCCUCGCGUGGCUCAACCUGCGCCAGCUGACGGUCGACCUAGGCAGCAUGUCUCUCACGGGCUUGUCGAUGGUCUUCUACCUCCUCGUCAUUGUGACGCUGACCAGCUACCAGUCCGCCGUGUCCUACUACAACAACAACAUCCUCCUGUGCUUCGCCAGCACCGGCGUCCUCCUCGUGGCCCAGUUCGCGCUCAUCCACAUCUGCGACACGGCGCACCGGCUGAAAGACGUGAUGUUUACUGGUUUCUACGAACCUCUGGCGUCGAAAAGCUGGAGGGUACUGCCGGCCGACCUGCUCACCGAGCACCAGCAGUUUUUACACACGAUAUCGACUAACCCGGCCGAAGUUACUUUUAUGGGCAUGAUCAGCAUCAAACGUCCAACAUAUCUAAGCAUCAUGGCAGCCAUUGCCACGUACCUGAUAGUUCUCUUCCAGCUUCGGAUGUCCGACGAAGAUUUACCAACAAAAGCGACGACUAAUUCAACAGAAUCCAGUUUAGAUUCUUUAUUUGGCAGCAAAACGUCGAAUUAAAAUUUCCGUUUUUUA